UGACCCAAGGUAAGGUAAACCGGUUUCAUACCUGGGCUGCCAUUCAUUCACCGCUGCUGGGGGGGUGAAAAAACACUUCCUACUUAUUCACUCAGUGUACACCAUAUCUUCUCCUGACUAGAUAUGGCUCGAACUACAGCCCCUGUGCCCAACGGAAAACUCAACAUACAACUGAACGGGAAUAACUUCAAAAACGCGAAUUGUAAGAAAAAUGGAUACCACAAUAAGGCGCAGAAAAACAGCACAGCACACAGCGCUGGGCCCCCCUCCAGUCGGCAGAGGUUUCAGAGACCAGAAUCCUUUGAGAAUCCUCCCAUGUACGUAGCUGUGAUGACAUACCUGGGGUUCGGCAUCGUCACACUGUUCGGAUACUUCAGGGACUUCCUCAGAGCAGUAGGACUGGAGAAAUGUCACAUCGCCAGGGAGAGAGAGGAGCAGAAGAAUGAAUCAGAGGUUAGUUUCCUGAAUAUUCCCUUGGCUAAACCAACUCGGCUCGUAAUUCAACAAUUUCAUUUACAGGAUUUUGUCCCUCUGUACCAAGACUUUGAGAACUUCUACACCCGUAACCUGUACAUGAGAGUAAGAGACAACUGGAACAGACCUAUAUGCAGUCUGCCUGGCCCUGUGUUUGACGUGAUGGAGAGGGUGUCCCCAGACUACAACUGGACAUUCAGUUUAACAGGGAAGACCAUAGACGAUGUCAUCAACAUGGGUUCCUAUAACUACCUGGGUUUCGCUGAGAACGACGGUGAUUUCCUGAAAACUGUGGCAGACAGAACCCAGCAGUAUGGUCUCGGGGUCUGCAGCACUCGACAGGAAAUGGGUAACCUGGCUAUUCAUGAGGAGUUGGAACAGCUUGUAGCCACCUUCCUGGGGGUAGAGUCCUCCAUGAUCUUCGGCAUGGGCUUUGCUACCAACUCUAUGAACAUACCGGCACUGGUCGGAAAGGGCUGUCUGAUUCUGAGUGAUGAGCUGAACCACACCUCGCUGAUCUUGGGGGCCAGGUUGUCAGGGGCAACUAUUUGGGUGUUUAAGCACAACAACAUGCAGAGCCUGGAGCGUCUGUUGAGGGAGGCGGUGUGUAGUGGGCAGCCUCGGACCCACCGACCAUGGAGGAAGGUUCUGAUCAUGGUGGAAGGAAUCUACAGUAUGGAGGGGUCGGUGGUGCGUCUGCCAGACAUCGUAGCCCUGAAGAAGAAGUACAAGGCCUACCUGUACCUAGACGAGGCACACAGUAUCGGGGCGGUGGGGCCGACAGGGAGGGGUGUGACAGAACUGUUUGGGCUGGACCCCUCGGACAUCGACGUCAUGAUGGGAACGUUCACCAAGAGUUUCGGGGCUGCAGGAGGAUACAUCGCUGGGAAAAAGGAGCUGGUCGACUACCUGCGUAGCCACUCCCACAGUGCGGUGUACGCCUCGGCCAUGUCUCCUCCCGUCACAGAACAGAUCCUGAGAGCCAUGAAAUGCAUCAUGGGGCUGGAUGGAACCACCGUGGGUCAGGCCAGGGUGCACCAGCUAGCAGAGAACACACGCUACUUCAGGUCUCGUCUUCAAGAGAUGGGCUUCAUCAUCUAUGGUAACGAUGAUUCUCCUGUGGUCCCAAUUCUGCUCUACAUGCCAGGAAAAGUUGUGGCUUUCUCUCGCGCCAUGCUGAAGAGGAAGAUAGGAGUGGUGGUGGUAGGGUUUCCUGCUACGCCCAUCACAGAGGCACGGGCCCGCUUCUGUCUGUCUGCUGCACACACCAAGGCCAUGCUCGACCAGGUGUUGUUUGAUCUGAACGAGUUAGGAGAUGAUUUGUGUCUGAAGUUCUCCCGGAGGAAAUAUUCUCCUCGUCCACAACAACACAACAACAACGACGACACAGACUUUGAGCUGGACAGUUAGCCAAUAGACUGAUAGGAUAACCCCUGAUCUCUGACCUCCCACCUCUGACCUCUGACCUCUGCACUGAGAGACUGUAACAGUGGUUCCAUGCUGACAGGGAAUGGCCAUACGUCCCAAUAAUUUGUCCUUUAUCCCGAAGUGUGCACUUGUGCUCUCCUCCCCACACAUGUUAAAAACAUUGGAUUGGGUGUAAGCAUGGGUUAGACAGUGUCUAGUACCAUUUGUCUUGUACCAGAUCAUACUGGGAAGUGAACCGGUUGUACAUUGUUAGAUUUUUGGGAACAGCAGGUGCCUUCCCUGCCAGUCCAAUCCACAGAGAGAGUGGGGUCUCAUCUCUGCCAGUCCAAUACACUGAGAGAGUGGGGUCUCAUCCCUGCCAGUC